AUGCUGCUCCAUUGGACCUUCAGCUUUCUCCUGCUGGCCACUGUCAGAGGGAAGGAGAUCUGCUAUGGACACCUUGGCUGCUUCUCAGAUGAACAACCGUGGGCAGGGACCCUGCAGCGACCUUUGAAGCUAUUUCCCUGGUCCCCUGAAGACAUUGGCACCCGCUUCCUUCUGUACACAAAUGAAAAUCAGAACAACUACCAACUGAUCACUGCCACGGACCCAGCAACCAUCGCAGGUUCAAACUUCCAACCGAAACGCAAGACACGCUUCAUCAUCCAUGGCUUCAUAGAUAAGGGGGAAGAGAGCUGGCUGUCCGACAUGUGCAAGAAAAUGUUUAAAGUGGAGGCGGUGAAUUGCUUCUGCGUGGACUGGAAAGGGGGGUCCCGGACACUGUACACCCAAGCUGUCCAAAACAUCCGGGUCGUGGGCGCCGAGACGGCUUUCUUAAUACAAGUGCUGUCGACCGAGAUGGGAUAUGACCCGGAAAACGUGCACCUCAUCGGCCACAGCCUGGGCUCGCACGCGGCUGCGGAGGCGGGCAGGAGGCUGGGAGGACGCUUGGGCAGGAUCACAGGGCUGGAUCCUGCAGAGCCAUGCUUCCAGGGCACAUCCGAGGAGGUUCGGCUGGACCCAUCGGACGCCAUGUUUGUGGAUGUGAUUCACACAGAUUCUGCUCCCAUAAUCCCUUUCCUCGGCUUUGGGAUGAGCCAAAAGGUGGGCCAUUUGGAUUUCUUUCCGAAUGGAGGAAAGCAAAUGCCGGGCUGUCGGAAAAAUAUCCUGUCAACCAUCGUGGAUAUCAAUGGAAUAUGGGAAGGAACCCGGGACUUUGCAGCUUGCAACCACCUGAGAAGCUACAAGUAUUACUCAAGCAGUAUCCUCAGCCCCGAUGGCUUCCUGGGCUACCCAUGUGCCUCCUACGAUGAGUUUCAGGAGAAUGGAUGUUUCCCUUGUCCAAGAGAAGGCUGUCCCAAAAUGGGACACUAUGCUGACCAAUUUAAAGGGAAAACCAAUGCUGUGGGACAAACCUUUUUCCUGAACACAGGAGACAACGGUAACUUUACCCGUUGGCGGUACAGGGUAUCUGUCACACUCGCUGGGAAAAAAAAAGUGAGUGGGUACAUCAGGAUUGCUCUGUAUGGAAGUAAUGGAAACUCAAAGCAGUAUGAGAUUUUCAAAGGAUCCCUCCGACCAGAUGCAAGUCAUGCCCUUGACAUUGAUGUGGACCUCAAUGUUGGAAAAAUCGAGAAGGUUAAGUUCCUCUGGAACAACAAUGUCAUAAAUCUGUUCCGGCCCACGCUGGGGGCUUCCCAAGUCACAGUGCAAAGUGGUGAAGAUGGAACCGAGUAUAUGUUCUGUAGCGGGGACACAGUGCAAGAAGACGUUUUACAAUCUCUUUACCCUUGUUAG